AUGACGCAUAGUUUACCAGACAAUCGUGAUCUUUCCUGUUAUCAUGUAACGAAACAUUCAUGGCGGGGAAAGUAUAAACGGAUAUUUUCCAUUGGCACACAUGGCAUCAGCACAUAUGAACCGUCGACACUUGGUCUGACGAAUGCUUGGCCGUACGAUCAAGUCGUCUCGUUGACAUUGUCCAAAACAUCGAAUGCAUCGGACAAAUCUCAACAAGCAGUCGGAAAUUCUUCGCCAAUUGCUGAGUUCAUUCUAACAUUUCGAACAAAAGCAAAAAAAACCGAUACUAUGCGGUUUUCCAGUGAAUAUCGAGCUGAGAUCCUGACUGAUGCACUACGCUUUCAAUCACUCUUUAGUCAUCAACAUCCGCUGCCUCAACCGAAAGUUAUUUCAGCCGCCAAAAUCCACUGGUCAGCUCAACGUGUACCAGUUCUUCUACGUAUACAGUCUUAUUGUAUCGAACAAAUCGAUAGCGGUACAAAUCGCUUCCUAUGCUCUUAUGAUUACAAAGAUAUUGAUCAAUUAAUUCCGCUCACAAGUGAAGGCGACGCGACUCCACGUGGCUUUCUCAUUCAGGAUCAGCAUACCGGACGUUUACAUGCAUUUGUCACACCCGAUACUCAAACCAUUUUUCAAAGCGUCGUCGAUCUAGCUCAUACUAAUCUUGGUGUUCAAGUUCGCCUGUCGAAAAAGUCUUACACACUCAGCGACUAUCAACAAUUACGGUUCGGUCCAACGUUUUCAUCGGAUGAACACUUAACGUCAUUUGCUGAGUUUAUUGUCUACAAACAUUCAUCUCGGCACACGGAAAAUGUUCGUCGAAUAUUAUGUUUAACUGAGACAUGUUUAAUCGAACGUGACCCCGCAACAUACCAUAUAUGCACAUUAAAGCCAUUAAACGAAGUGUUCGCACUUGUAAGACAUAAGGAUUCGCUACAAGAAUUUUCAGUAGAGUUUAUUCGAAAUAAUCCGACACGAGUGAGAUGUAAAUAUACAUCAACUGAGCGAGAUAUUCUACUAGCAACGCUAUUGGAUAGCGUACGCUCAGCGGGAAAUAAUGAUUGUUGUGUGAAAACAAACGUGACUGAUCGUGGCAAACGGUUUGCGCCGUUUGGACAUUUAGUGGAUGAUGAAGUUGAAAUACAACAUUUGAAAUUCUUAGUACAACCACCAUCUGGUCGACUUUCCUCUCCACAAGAUGGCUCGAACUCAUCGGUAGCCCAAGGAAAUGUUUCUUUCAAUGAAAUUCUAAAACGGUUCAAUGCAAACGUUCCUUAUAGUGGGUUAAUCAAUGCAGUUACAUCAGAAGGUCUCUUUGCUGAAAAUAAAGGAAAAUUAAUUCAUUCAGCAUUGAACACUUUACUGGAUAAUGAUAAUACUAAUACAGUUGUUGAUCAUGAAUUCAUCGAAGAUCAAUAUCUUGCCCUGCGACGUCUCUUAGCAUCAAAAGCUGGCUUCCAAGCAUUUACUCAAUUACCGAAAUUUCGCGAACGGAUCGGAUCGAAGAUUGUUCGCUCGUUGAAACUAAACGAUGAUCAAGUGACUUAUUCGGCAUUAGAAAUGUUAAAUACGCUACUACAACCAAUGCAUUUAGACUACGAUUUACGUCAAGAACAACAAAAUAAAGCGGGUAUACUAACAUCAAAGAAAUUUCUCGAAGGUCUAUUGGACAUCUUCUUAAAACAUGUCAAACAAAAUACGGGUUCACUGAUCAUAUCGUCGUUUUUGGAUUUUUUGACAUACACACUAUGUCCGCCGUUUUCUGAAACAACAGAUGGUCAACAUUUCGAUGUACUUCUGGAAUUAGUUUCGUCAAACGGAAGAAUAUUCUUUAAACUAUUUCAACAUUCAUCGUUUACAAUUGUGAAAGGUGCUGGUUCGAUUAUGAAGGCUAUUAUCGAAGAAGGCUCACCAGAUAUUGCAGCGCAUAUGCAAGAUUUAGCGUUGAGUGAAGGCGCUUUACCAGUUCAUCUUCUACGAGCAUUGUUUACAUCAUCAACUGAUACGAGGUUACUACCAUUGAAAUAUCUUAGUCAGCAAUUACUCGGUUUGUGGUCAACUGGACAUCCGACAACAUACGGGUUGCUGAAACGAAUAUUUCCACUUGGACUGAUCGCUUAUUUGGAUUCAAACGAAGAGCCGGAUAAAGAUUUCGAUGAAUCAGCUCUCCUUGGUCGAGAUACUCUUCGACUCGCCACUGAGCAACAUGCUCAUACAACAAAGACCAAUGCUUUAUCAACAUCAAUCAUCAAUACAGCAAAUAAAAUUCGUAAUACAACUCAAAUGAAAGUUCUCGAGCAUCAUGUACAGAACACGUUUCAACAUUGGAGUUUGAAAUUGAAACAGAACAAUAAAUACUUUUCAUCAUCUGAUCAUUCGAAUUCCAGUGGAGGGAACUUAACGAAUAAUGUGAAUGAUAAACAACAACCUGUUGUAUUACGUAAACCGCGACAACGCAUUCGAGCUGAGAAGAACUGGCGUUUGUUCUAUCAGAAAUUUGCGUUGGAUCAUGCGCGACCAACUCUCAUUUGGAAUAACAAAACUCGUGAUGAAUUACGUGAAACCAUCGACAAUGAAAUACGAAAUUUCAAUAUUGAUAAAGACCUUGGUCAUGGACAUUUAAUCUCGUGGAAUCAUAUUGAAUUCGAAGUUCUUUAUCAAUGUUUAAAUGAUGAAAUCAAGAUCGGUAGUGUCUACUUACGUCUAUUACUUGAACAAGGAGAAUUAACCACAACUACAGAUGCUGCGUCUGAUGCGUAUAAUGCGUCGGAAUUUUUCAACGAUCUUUACCAUCGUUUUCUUCUGUCUCAACCAAUCAACCCAAAACAGGCAUCGAUGAAAGCCAUGUGUUUACAAGCGAUGACGAUUGUCUAUGCACGUCAUUAUGAAACUAUUGGUCCGUUCAAUGACACAAAACAUGUCAUUCUCAUGCUUGAUCGUUCGACUGAUAAAUGUGAACGUGAUCGAUUGCUGAUGUUUAUUAGUAAAUUAAUAUUGAAUCAUCGAAAUGUUCGAGAUAUUAUCGAUUGUGGUGGAGUUAAAGUUUUAGUUCAAGUGAUGUGCUUAGCACAUUUGCAUAUCAACCGAGCACAAGUACCAUUGGCUUCGAACGUUUUAGAAUCCUCGUCAACGAUGACAAGAGAAAGCGAAAAAGAAUGGUACUACGGCAAACAAGAUAAAGAGAAAGUUGGACCAUACAGUUUCAAUGAAAUUAAAGAUCUACAUAAAGAAGGCACAUUCGAUGCUAAAACACGAUUUUGGGCACAAGGUUUGGAUGGCUGGAAAACAAUGGAUCGUAUUCCUCAACUAAAAUGGACAUUAUUAGCUACUGGCCAAUCACUUCUCAAUGAUAGUGAACUAGCCGGAUUGAUUCUUGAUAUUUUAAUCGCCAUGAGUGCGUUAUAUCCAUCGCGUGAUGCUGUUACAGGUGCAAUUAUUCGUCCAUUUCCCAAACUCAAACGUCUGUUGAAUGAUCCCACAUGUUUGCCACAUUUAGUGCAAUUAUUGUUAACAUUUGAUCCAAGUUUAGUCGAAAAAGUUAUUACAUUACUCAAUGCACUCGUUCAAGACAAUCCAUUACUUGCACAGUUCUACAUGACAGGUGUUUUCUAUUUCAUUCUUAUGUACACAGGCUCAAAUAUUCUUCCAAUUGGACAUUUUUUGAAAUACACGCAUUUAGCGCAAGCGUUUCGAUCCGAUGAACAACAACAAAGUGGAGAAAAGAAAGAUUUACUUUUCCGUUCAGUACUUGGUCAUUUGUUACCUGAAGCGAUGAUUUGUUAUUUGGAAAACCAUGGUGCAGAAAAAUUUGCGCAAAUGUUUCUUGGUGAAUUUGAUCAACCGGAAACAAUUUGGUCGAAUGAAAUGCGUCGUUUAAUGAUCGAGAAGAUUGCUGUUCAUUUAGCUGAUUAUUCUCCACGUCUAAUGUCAAAUAUUUCCGCUAUUUAUUCCUACUGUACAAUUCCAGUUAUAAAUUAUCCUCAAUUAGAAAGUGAACUAUUCUGCAAUACAUAUUACCUGCGUCAUCUGUGCGAUGAACAGAAGUUCCCCGAAUGGCCCAUACGUGAACCCAUUGCCUUACUCAAAGAUUGUCUAAACAUGUGGAAAGCUGAAUUAGAGAAGAAAGGAAGUGAUAUGAGUGUCGAUGAAGCAUAUCAAGUACUUGAACUAUACGAUGCGGAAAGAGAUCCUGAUCAUUUAUAUGACAACGGAGGUGAACAUGAAACUGCAUGUAUUUUAACUGUAAAAGGGGGAAACUCAGAUAACAAAAUCCGAGCUCAAUAA